ACUAAAAUUUAGGAAUUAACUAAAAAAAAGGUUGAAUUAGGGUUACUAGGAAUUAAGAAAAAUACAUAAUUCAUUCAUCGACCUUGACGCACAAAAAACUUGAAAAAAUAAUUCGAAAUUCAAAUUGAUCAUUUUGACUAUAUUAUCUGUCACAACUCUUGAGUAUUUGUUGAGUACAGUUUCAAGUGUACUCAGACUAAUCCAUGAUGUUCUAGAAUUUGUAUUUGCAUUUGCGUUUUCUAUAUUUCAGAUUGAAAGAAACAGAAAGAGAAAUUGAAAGAAAAAAAGUAGCAAAAAAUGAUGAACAACGAUAAGGGUUUUCUGUGGAAGCUUCCGGUGGUGAAGUUUAGCAAUUACGGCAAAGUUGGCCCCGGAUUCGGUAUUGGUGCUGGCUGUGGCCUUGGAUUAGGGAUCGGUUUUCUUGGAGGAGUGGGUAUUGGUCCAGGAAUUCCUGGCUUGCAAUUUGGUUUGGGGGUUGGUGCUGGAUGUGGUGUUGGUUUAGGAUUUGGUUAUGGAAUGGGAAUGGGAAUUGCAGAAGAUGAGUAUAGAAGGUACUCUAAUGUCGGAAAUUCUUUUCGUGGUUCCAGAAAGAUUAUUUCUGAGAAGGAUAUUACUGCACUUGUGGAUGACAUUGCCAGAAAUACUAAAAAGCUUAUCAAGGCAACAUCAAACGAAAUUGACAAGUGGAGAAGAUAUUAAAUGGUCCAUUUUUUUUUUUUAUGUGCGAUUGCAUUUAACUAAGAUCUUUUCUAGUAAUUUUUACUAAUUAAAACAUAGCGUUGACAUGCCAAAAAUUUCUUCAAGAAAUCAAGAAGGUGAAGUUGGAAGCACUUGAAAUGGUGCUGAUACUGUCUUGAAAAGACCAUGUAUUAGUGAUGCUAUAUUCAAAUUGGGAUUUUUUGCAAUGGGAUUUAGAUUUGGCAAUUUGCAGAAAUAGUGAAGUUAUUAUUGUUAGUAAAUAAGAAUUAUUGAAUGGUUUACAUUCUGAGUUUGUAUUUGAAAUAUGAAUUGGUGAAGUUGAAAUA